CGGCGCGCCGCGGCGGGCGGGACGGGACGGGACAGCACAGCACGGACGGGACAGCACGGACGGGACGGGCUGCCGCCCGGCUCCAGAAUGGUUGCCUGGGGAAAACAGCACUGCUGUGUUGGCAGAAUACAGGACAUUUUCUUGAGAUUCAGGAUUGUUCAAGCAGUCCUUUUACUUCAGUUGUUCUUGGCUACAGCAAGCAAAGAUGAGGAGGAUUUCCUAGGGAGAUACAAAGCUGUCUUUAAGACUGCAUGUGAAGAUCCUUGGAGUAUGUCAUCAAGAAUUUCUCUGCGUCCCUUGAGAGAAUUCCUUGUCUGUGUGCACCUCAAGCUGUAUUCCUCAAACAGUCCAUGGACAGCAUAUGUAUACGCUGAAAAAACUCUUCACACCAAUCUCUCUGCAAAUAAGUAUGACCUUGGACUUACAGGAGAUCGUGGUAAAUUGAAGAUAUGGUUGUUUGGAGAACAAAUAAGCACAACAGUAAGACUUCGUAAAAACAUUUGGAACCAAAUAUGUAUCCAGUGGAAAAGUGACAAUGAGGAGGUGAAGGUAUUCAUAAAUGGAACAGAAAAAUUACACAAGAAACUAAAUGGGAAAGUUAAUUUGCCUGGAAAAGGCCAGUUCUUACUUGGCUGUUCAAAGCUGCAAGGUACAGCUGCAACACCUCGCCAGGGUAUGACUGGGGAGCUGUACCUGUUCAGAAUGUGGGACAAGGCAAAUAUAACACAAUCUAAGGACUGCCAGGAUAGUGGUGUUAUACGCUGGAGAAAGGAGGAUUGGACCUAUAACACGACAAUAGAAGAGGAUAACUCUUUGCAAUGUGUUGAAACUACUGCUACCCUGCCUAGCAGAAAAAUAACAGAUUCUGAAGAAUCAGCUGCAACAACAGUGUUUGAUAUGUCUUCAGAGGAGACUACACAAAGUACAGAAGCCCUUACAACAACAGAUUAUUACUCUACCAUCACACCAGCAGGAGAAACCAUUGUAUGCAACAUAACACGUGCCUGUAAUUAUUCAGUGUUCUACGUGGGCAAGGUAAAACUUCGGGCGAGGGAAGAAAGUAAUGCAUCACUAAAUGUAGAAAUAAUUAAUAACAUAACCACCCACAAUCAAGUCAAAAAAUUAAUUGAAAUUCCAGCACAUACCCCACAAGAACUGAGCAUUUCAGAGUUCAACAAAACCUUGCAAGCAGUAAGUGAGUCCUCUGUUAUGGAAUGCAGUGCAGAAAACCAGAGUACACACUGCAAUUUCAUAAUGAAGCUGGCUGAGAGAGAGAAUAUAAGUAGUUUAACACAGAAAGCAAAAAUAAGUCAACUUGAUCAGUGCUGCUGUUCAUCACUGAAGUACUGUUCCUUGACUGCUGAAGAAUUACGAAUGUAUACUAUACAAGUGCCACCUCAUUUUAUAUGGGUUCCUUCCCCUCGUUCUCCUUCUCUCCCUAAAAAGACUUCCCUCAAAUCUAAUUCUUUUAUUCCCCCCACUGUACUUUCUGCUAAACAAAGCCCCACAAUUAGACCAUUGAUCCCACCAUUCACAGAAAUUUAUGUUUCUGGAGCUCUUUCCACAUCUCCCCUUACAAGCCCUUUCUCUGAAAACUCUAUGCCUUCCACCAGUGUUACGACUACACGCUCCUCUUCUGAGUCUCUUGCUCAACCUACCAUGCCAACUUUUGCUUCCGUAACUUCCAAUAAAUCCAUCACUGUUCCCAUACCUGCAACAAAAUCUGUCACGAAUGCUGCUUUCUCAAUCAAAUCUGAUGCUGUGCACCUUAACAAGACUGUUACAAUACUUUCUCCUUCUGUAGAAUACACUAAACAUUCUUCACUUUCUUCUUCUGAACCUCACAAACUUCCAAUUGUAAAUAGCCCCUUUGAGGCUAUCACCAAAUCUGUUGCACAAAUUCCCCCUGCUUCAAGCCAACCUAUAUCUGGUCCCAAAAAUGUCAGUACAGUACCUAUUGUUCCCCUUACUCCUUUCACAAUAUCUUUGACCCCUACUGCUAGUCCUGUCAACCAUUCUGUCUCAGUUUCUCGUCCUCAUUCUACUGCUGAUGGCCAUGAGACCCCAGGAAAAACCCUUUCAGCUACCACAAAUAUAACUUCUGUACACACCACAAUUAGUAUCGCCACAGCUGAGCAAAUCGUGUCCAAAAUAGAAAAUGAUUUAGCAGCUGGAAAAAUAGAGCCAAAAGAUGUAGAAAGGAUGGUUAGUGAGGUGAGCACUAUCCUCACUGCUUCUGAGCCAUUACCACCACGAAUUUCUAACAGAAUUAUAAAGCUGGUGGACUAUAUUGGCUUAAAACUAAACUUAUCAACAUCAUCUGCUGAAUUUGUCUCCCCUUCCUUGGCUCUGGCAGUUGUCAAAACCAACAGAAUCCGCUCCAACGAAAUGUCCUUUGCUGUCCAGGACUCAACUGAUCUCCAGAUCUCUCUAGGAGUUCAGCCAAUUCAGAAUUUAAAUAAUCUUGGAUCAAUUACACUUCCUUCAUUGUUGCUGAAAAAUUUACGCACUGAAGAGUUGGACUUGGCUUCUAGAAUUAUAUUCAACUUCUUUAAAAAGACCACUGUAUUCCAGGAUCUGUCCUUGAAGAAUGCAUCUUUAAUCAGCAGUGUUAUAUCAUCAAGUGUUGCUAACCUCACAAUUAGUAACUUAACAGCAAAUGUUACUGUCAUUUUGCAGAAUAUCAAGCCUAAUCAGGAUAAUUCGACAGUUAGAUGUGUUUUUUGGGACUUUAAUAAAAAUGGUGGACAUGGAGGCUGGUCAUAUGAAGGCUGCACAGUCAAAGAAAGUAGAGUAAAUGAAACUGUCUGUUCAUGCAACCAUCUCACAAGUUUUGCAGUUUUGAUGGACUUGUAUGGAAAUACUCCCUUGAAUCCCACACAAGAAUUGGUACUGACUUUUAUAUCGUAUAUAGGCUGUGGUCUCUCUGCAAUUUUUCUUUCUGUUACUCUUGUGACCUACAUAGCCUUUGAGAAAAUCCGGAGAGACUACCCUUCCAAAAUACUUAUUCAGCUGUGUGCUGCAUUACUUCUACUCAACUUAGUUUUUCUCCUUGACUCAUGGAUUGCUCUGUAUGAUACACGAGGCCUAUGCAUUGCAGUUGCAGUAUUUCUUCACUAUUUCCUCUUGGUUUCCUUUACCUGGAUGGGCCUGGAAGCUUUCCACAUGUAUCUGGCCCUUGUGAAAGUCUUUAACACCUAUGUACGGAAAUACAUUCUUAAAUUUUGUGUUGUUGGUUGGGGGUUACCAGCAGUAGUUGUGUCCAUCGUGUUGGCAGUAUCACCAGAUAAUUAUGGACUUAUAACCACUGGAAAGGUUUCCAUAAAUGGACCUGAUGAAUUCUGCUGGAUCAAAAAUAGAAUUGUCUUCUAUAUUACUGCUGUGGGAUACUUCUGCCUGAUAUUCCUGAUCAAUAUCAGCAUGUUCAUUGUUGUGCUGAUCCAGCUGUGUCGUAUCAAAAAGAGGAAACAACUCGGUGCUCAAAGGAAAACCAGUAUCCAAGAUCUUAGGAGCGUUGCUGGCCUCACAUUCUUGUUGGGAAUUACUUGGGGGUUUGCUUUCUUCACAGUGAAUGAAGUAUUUACUUACCUCUUUACCAUUUUCAACACUUUGCAAGGGUUCUUCAUUUUCAUCUUCUAUUGUGUAACAAAGGAGAAUGUCCGUAAACAGUGGAGAAGAUAUCUUUGUUGUGGGAAAUUCAGGCUGGCUGAAAACUCUGACUGGAGUAGAACUGCUACAAAUGGUUUAAAGAAGCAGACUGUAAAUCAAGGAGUAUCCAGUUCUUCCAACUCCCUGCAAUCAAACAGUAACUCCACUAACUCUACAACACUGCUAAUGAAUAAUGAUUAUUCAGUCCAUGCAAAUGGAAAUGGCCAUCUUUCCAGUGAGAAGAAUGGUGUUUGUUUCAGUGUACAGAAUGGUGAUGUGUGUCUCCAUGACUUUUCAGGCAAACAACUUGUGUUCCAAGACAAGGAUGAUACUGGCAGCCAAAAAAGCCAAAUCUCACUCAGAAGGACUUCAAAGAGAGGAAGCCUAAGUUCUAUGGAGAAAAUGUGAUUUCCUUUUAAACAGCACAUUGUUUUACAGUGUGAAGUAGAGUUUUACUUUAGCAGUUUUACAUAAUGUGAGCAGACCAAGAACUGGUUUUAUUUAAUAUAUGGUACUGGAACUUCAAGGCAGCCAUGCAAUGGAUUGACAAGGACAAUUACUAAAAAAAUAAAAAAAAGAAAAAAAAAGAAAAGGAACCUACUAUUUUGACAAGGUCUUGGAUGUCAGAUUACAGCUGGCACACUUCCGUUUUGUUUUUUCAUCAGAAUGGGGUUUUUUGAGGGGUUUUUUAACAUUUAAACAAAAGUUUUAUUUAGACUUUUUUCAUUGCAAUUAAGUUUAUCUGGGUAUAAUGCUUAGUAGUACUGUAUAAAUGUAGAAAGUUACAACUUGUGCAUAUAAACAAUGUUAACUUUAAAAAUGUUAGCUACACUGUCUUCAACCUUUUGUAUCUUUUUGUAGGAAACUCUUCGGUAAUGUACAUAAGCAGAAAAUAUCAACCUUUAAGCAUCUCAAUGGUACUUUUAUAUUUAUUUCUUGUAAUAUAAAUUUAAAUAUACCUAUGUAUAGAAAAAUAAUUGGUAUUUUGUUUGUAACUUUUAUUGUGAGUUUGCAUUUUUCUUUUUAGUUAAUGAUCUUUAACACAGAAUGCUACAAAACUUGUCCAGUAAGUGGAUCACUUACAGUGGUUUGAAUAUACUCACUAGAUGCAGAACUGUAAAUAACAAACACAAUCGGCUUUGAAGGCCGAUUGAAGCCUUUAGCUACCUUCUAGUACACCAUAGAGGGAUAGAAAUUGGGUGUAAUUCAAGUAGAAUGCCAUGAAUGGAGUAUUAAAUAAAGUAGUCAGUAAGUUAUUAAAUACAA